AUGUGGCUCGCUGUCGAGUUCAUCCCUCGUCUUCGGUCGGGCAAGCUCGAUCGCAAGCAGACUACGAACCCCUCCUUGGAGGACAUGACGUUUGCCAGUAAGACGGAGUUGGAGCUGCACAAGAUCUGGAGCCACGUACUGAACCUCAUCGCGGAACAGCUUGGCCUUCGACAGUCCUUUCUGAGCGUUGGCGGUGACUCCAUCUCCGCUAUGCAAGUCAUGAGCGAGUGCAGGAAACGCGGCCUCGGCCUGGCCGUCUCACACAUCAUUUCUUGUAAGUCAGUAAGCGCCCUGACACUACACGUCAAGGAUAUCGAGACGCCGUUGUUCCACCAGGAGAUUCUGGAACAGCCGUUCGAACUCUCGCCAAUCCAGAAGCUUUACUUCUCGCGACCCAACCACUCCCAAGGCCACUACAACCAGAGCUUCCUCCUCCACACCAGCCAGCGCAUUCUGCAGUCAGAUAUGCGCAGGGCCAUCGAGACUAUUAUACGGAGACACUCGAUGCUCCGUGCCAGAUUCAGCCAGGACGCCGGCGAACUAGUCCCUGAUACAGACCGCCCAUUGCCUUUCCAGACCUGGUGCAAGACGCAGUUGGGUCGUGUCGAGGCCUUGACGCCGGAGCAAGUUCUGCCCGUCCACGGCCUCCCUAAUAAGAACGCAGAGUACUGGGGAAUGGAGGACACACCCAACGUCUACGGGCAGAUGGCCCGCGAAGGCUUCGAGAUUGGAUCUGCACAAACAUCCCUCCUCCUGUCGAAAUGUCACCAGCCAUUGCGCACCGAGAUACCUGACGUUCUCCUUGCAGCCAUGAUCUUCCCCUUCGGGCAGACCUUUACCGAUCGGCCGAUCCCGGCCGUGUUCGCCGAAGGGCAUGGCAGGGAAUCCUGGGGCACUUCCAUCGACCUGUCCGACACGGUUGGGUGGUUUACAACCAUUUACCCAGUCUUUGCGGGAUCGACGGCGCAGUCCAGUCUUGUUGACACGGUGAAGCUUGUCAAAGAUCGACGACGCAAGGUUCCCGGCAGCGGAAGGCCGUACUUUGCGAGCCGCUGGCUGACCCAGCCGGGCAAAGACGCCUUUUCCCGUCACUGGCCGCUGGAGAUUACUUUCAACUACCUUGGCCAGUAUCAGCAGCUGGAGCGUGAUGGUGCUCUCUGUACCCCUGCGAAGGAUAACAUAGGACAAGUCAGGGGUGCCACCGACGGUGCAGACGUCGGUCCGCUAACGACUUGCAUUUCCUUCUUCGAGGUCUCUGCCGUCAUCCUCAAGGGAUCUCUCCGGUUCUCGUUUGUUUUCAACCAAAACAUGAACCAUCAGCCCGAGAUCCGCCAGUGGAUUGCUUCCUGCCAACAUAGCCUUGGUGUCCUCAUUGAAUCUCUGGCCCCUGAGCCUACGUUAAGCGACUUCAUACUCCUCUCCCUUACCUACGACCACCUUCAGCUCAUGACGGAGAAAAAGCUCCCCGAGGCUGUAGUCACAUCCAUGGACUUAGUCGAAGACGCCUACCCUUACUCUCCUAUGCAAUCAAGACUCUUAAUCAGCUCGACCAAGAACAGCGCCUUUUAUGCCGCUUACACGCUCCACGAGGUCAAGAUACCAACCCAUGCUCAGGACCAUCUUCAUGGAGAGCGGACUCGGCAGGAUUCGCUCUACGAUCAGGGAGUGCUCAAAGAAGUCGACUUCCCGCUCAUUGUAUCAGAGAAACAUACAAAGAAAGACACAAUCACAGCUCCAAGCAGACCGCCUCUGCACCAAAACGACAAUGCUCAGCUAUUGCAUCGCUUUGAAAUUUGCACAUCGAAGAGCGGCAAGGUCUUCUGCAGACUUGACAUUAGCCACAUCAUCAUGGACGGCACUUCUCUAUCAAUUGUCUUCCGAGACCUCGCCUUGGCAUAUGAGGGGAGCCUUGGAUCCGGUGAAGACCUACUGUAUCGCAAGCGUGUCUCCGUUCUUGCUGGGGAAAACUUCCCCAGCGGCAAGUCAUCCGAACUAAUAGGUCUACUAAUAGCCUAG